UUCUCCUUCAUUGUGGCUGUAGUUUCUAGAGUAAGCCGGAUUCGCUAUAUCACGUCGGAUUCAGCAAACUUACGCCAUGGGCCUCCUAGACCAGUUGUGGGACGAUACCGUCGCCGGGCCCCAGCCGGAUCACGGCCUCGGCAAGCUUCGGAAGUACUCUACCUUUAACUCCCGACCGACCUCCGGCAAGGCGGCAUCAGACGGUGGAAUUGGAAGAUCGUACAGCGAUGAUUCGUCGGAGGAGGCGAUGAGAGUUACACGUAGUAUUAUGAUAAUAAAACCUCCGGGAUUCCAAAACGGAUCGCCGCCGGUGUCCCCGGCCGGAUCUACACCCCCGGUAUCUCCUUUUUCCGGUGGGAAGGAGUCUUUCCGGUUUCGCCGGCGAUCUACAUCGGAUGCUUACGAGAAGGGGAAUGGGGUUGGACCAAGGAGCCCUCGUCCUCCUUACGACGUGUGAGAUCUGAUCCUGGUGAUCUGAUUAUCUGGUUGCACCAGCACCCUAGCUUCUAGCUUCUUUUUCCAUGUAUCAAUCCCACCUCCCAUGAUCAUGUACGUGAGGAGGAGCUACAUAAAGAUAUGAAUAUGUGUGGGUGUGUGUAGUGUUUGCUUGUGGGUUGUGCAUGUAGCUAAGCUAGCCCUGUAAAUAUGGGGAUCUCUGCAUGCAUGCAUGCAUGCAUGGAUCCUAGUAGUCUGUUUUGUAAUCAGUAGACUCUGUAGUUUGUAAUGUAGAAGUCUGCUAUCUGUAUCCAUAGGAGGAGGAGGAGGAGGAGAGGAGAGUAGGUUUUGUGGUGAGUUCCCUUUUGGUGGUGUAAUAUGAUAAUGUAGUGUAAUAAGAAAGAAGUCCGUGUUGAUCCCAUUA